CUGCAGGCGCCAUGCGCGGCGCCCUGCCCCUUCGCUGCGUGCCCGGCGCCAUGGCGUGCCCGGCCGCCGGGAUGGUGCCGGUGUUGCCGGGGCUCUACGUGGGCGGCGCGGGGUCGUGCUCGUCCCCAGAGUCGUUGGCGGCGGCGGGGGUGGUGGCGGUGCUGACGGUGGACGCGGAGGAGCCGCCGGCCGUGCCGGGGGUACGGGCCAUGCACGUACGGGCGCUGGACGAGCCCUACGCCGACCUGCUGAGCCGCCUGGAUGACAGCGCCGCCUUCAUCGGCGCCGCACGGGCGGGUGGCGGCGCUGCCCUCGUCCGCUGCCAGGCCGGGGUGAGCCGCAGCGUGGCCGUGGUGACCGCCUACCUCAUGAAGACACAGGGACUCGGCUGGGAAGAGGCCUACGCCGCCAUCAGGGCCGCCAAACCCGACGCCGAGAUGAACCCGGGUUUCCAGGCGCAGCUGAAGCUCUACGAGGCCAUGGGCUGCGCCGUGGACACCAGCAGCGCCCUCUACAAGCGGUACCGGCUGCAGAUGCUCACGGAGAGGUACCCCGAACUUCAAGACUUGCCCCGAGAGGUCUUUGCUGUUGAUCCAACCAGUGUAUGUCAGACUCCAAACACAGAGGUUCUCUACAGGUGCAGGAAAUGCAGGCGUGCUCUGUUCCGUAGUUCCAGCAUCCUGUCCCACACAGAAGGAAGUGGCCCGACAGCCUUUGCCCACAAGAGGAUAAUGGACUCUGCUCAGCUUUGUGGUGACACCCGUGAGAAGUGUACCUCCUACUUCACCGAGCCUGUGCAAUGGAUGGAGCCAGCAUUGCUUGGAGUAAUGGAAGGACAGCUGCUGUGUCCCAAAUGCACGUCGAAGCUGGGCUCCUUCAGCUGGCGGGGUGAGCAGUGUUCCUGUGGCCGCUGGGUGACACCUGCCUUCCAGAUCCACAAAAGUCGCGUGGAUGAAGUGAAGACACUGCCGGUUGGGAACUUCCACACUGCCAAAACCUGAACUGCUUGCUUCUCUCAUUGGAUUUCUUACUAUCCACAGAGAACUGCCAGGCUGCAGUUGCCAGGGCUGAGCUUGUCACCUCCACCCCUUUGUGAGACAGUGGAAUUACUUGCAUAUCUGCUCUGAUCAAGCUUGCUGUAUCUCUAAUAUGUAUAUAAAAAUAGCAAAACACUUCCAUCAAAGAGGU